AUGCCAGCAGAGAUGCGGCGUACACUGCACUUGAAGGGUCUGAUCCCUGCCAGUAUCGAAGACUUUGCCAAGCAGGAGGCUCGCGCGUACGAGCAGCUCCAGUCCAAGGGCACGAAUCUAGACAAGUACAUCUUCCUGGCAAAUCUGCGCUCGAUUAAUAUCAACCUGUUCUAUCGCCUGGUACUGAGCCACCUGCGUGAGGUAGCGCCGCUGAUCUACACGCCGACCGUAGGCGAGGCGUGCAUCAAGUACUCGCAUAUCUACCCGUUCCUGUACCCGUGUAAGGAAUCGGUUGGCCUGUUUAUCACCAUCCAUGAUGUCGAGUCUAUCGACGAGGUGCUGAGCAACUACAAGGAGACGAUUUCGCAGGAGCUUGUACCCGAGAUCUCGGUUAUCACUGACGGCUCGCGCAUCCUGGGUCUGGGCGAUCUGGGUAUCAAUGGGAUGGGGAUUCCCAUUGGUAAACUGCAGCUAUAUGUUGCUGCAGCUGGUCUCAACCCGGGUCGCUGUCUGCCCAUUAUUCUGGACUUUGGUACCGACACCAAGGACGCCGCCCCUGAUGACAAGACAUUUUACGAGGCGACAGAGAAGGUUAUCACUGCGCUGCACAAGGCGUUCCCAAACAUGCUAAUCCAGUUCGAAGACUUUAGCACGGACCAUGCAUUUGAGUUGCUUGAGGGGUGGCGCAACAAGAUCCUGUGCUUCAACGACGAUAUCCAGGGUACCGGCUGUGUCAUCCUGGCCGGAUUUAUAAAUGCUGUCAAAAACGCUGGAAUCUCGCCAAAGAACCAGCGCAUCCUCUGGAUUGAAUACUUCAUUUACGAACACCAGGUUCCUGAGGAGCAGGCCAAGGCCAUGUUCUGGUUUGUCGACUCGCGUGGCAUGAUCACGGCCAACCGCGGCGACAAGCUGGCUGAUCACAAGGUGUACUUUGCCCGCCACGACAACGGUGAUGUGCAGUGCAAGGAUCUUGAGGAGGCUAUUGAGUACAUUAAGCCAACAGCACUCAUCGGUCUGUCGACCAUCUAUAAGAUACGAACCGCCCGAUCAUUUUCCCGCUGUCAAACCCUGCAGAUCAAGGCUGAAUGUUCGUUUGAGGAGGCCAUGAUCUACACCAACAAUCGUGUGUUGUUUGCAUCUGGCACCGCAUUCCCGACGUACACUGUGCCUGAGACCGGUAUUCGCCAUGUUCCUGGCCAGGGCAACAACAUCCAGCCCAAGUGCAUCACCGACACCAUGAUUUUUGCUGUUGCCAAGGCGCUGGCCAACUCAUUGACCGACGAGGAGCGUGCUCGUGGCGAGCUGUACCCGCGCAUCGAGCGUAUACGGGAUGUGUCGGCUGAGCUUGCAUCGGCGUUCAUCACGCAGGCUGUCAGGGAGGAUCAGGUGCGCGAGAAGUACUGGCAUAAGGUGGCUAGUAUAGCUUGUGGCGAGGCCAAGGACGUUAUUCCUGAUGGCAAGUACCCAGAAAAGAUGCUGGAGGAGGUCAAGGUCCUGAUGUGGUCCCCAGCUGCCAGUGUCGAGCAGUACAUCUGCGAUGCCAUGGCUAGCCUGAAGUGAUAAAAUAUUUGUGGACAGAUCGUUUUUCCUUACACUCUUCAUCAUCUAUAUUAUCGAC